CCCACCAUAACCAUCUUCUCCUCUGCUCCUCUUCCCCCUCCAACCUCCCCGUCGUUUUCAACCCCCCUCCCCCAAAUCUUCCCUCCACGUGGGGUUCAUCAGUCUCCAGUUGGAGUUGCUGCUAGAAAAUCCGGUCGGAACAAAUCUGAGGGAUUUCUCCGCCAUCUGCAAGGAAGCCAUUGGAGCUUGCUAAAACCACCAAGCCCUAUUCCACCAACUCAACACGAGCCCUCUCAGCGACCAGUGUAACCAUGCCGUCCAACUCCGUGGCCCUCACGCCUGGGCUGGCGUCCUUCCUCAAGUCUUUGAAGACCAAUCCGAUUGAUACAUCCAUUGACGAUCUGAUCUCGCUCUUGAAGCGCAGACAGAUUCGCCAUUCCAGAUCAUGUGCCACGGCGACUGCCUACCUCAUGCGCAGUGUCAUCUCGGCUACCCGGACGUCGGAUGCAAACAAGUUGAUCGAGCGGGUCCAAUAUGUGGGGAGGCGCGUGAUGGCCGCCCAGCCCCGGGAGAUGGUAGUCGGCAACAUUGUCCGACGUGUGCUCGGAUUGAUCCGUGACGAAGCGGAGGACGACAGAGAGGGCGACUUCACUCUGAGCGAAGCAGGCUCGGAGAGCCAACCUCAGACCCCUCGUGCCCUGGAUGACCCCUCCGAGGUUCUAUCUUAUCGCCAUGAUGGCUCCGAUCGGUCAUCUUCGAGACAGCCCUUCACUUCAGUGUCGGCGACACCCAUUUCUAUGUUCAGUCUACUCUCACACCCGGAGCCCGAGACCUCUCUGCCUGGUACUCCCGCCUCCGCCUCCCCGUCCGGCCGGCUGCUGGGCCACAGUCACAACAAGGACAUCCGUGCCGAGGUUCUCGACGGUAUCAACGAGAUUAUCGAUGAGUUGGGCCAAGUAGACGACCAGAUCGCGGCCUAUGCCCUCGAACACAUCCACUCCAACGAAAUCAUUCUCACACACACCUCGUCGACCACCGUCCAGAAAUUCUUGCUGAAAGCUGCAGCCAAGCGGAAGUUUACUGUGAUCCAUGCCGAGUCUUACCCUAACAACCAUGAAGCGACUCAUGCCACCGUCAGCGGUCAGGCUCCCAAGGAUGACGACAUGCUCAGCACCGAGGCUUUCCAGAAGCCUUUGAUCGCCCUGGGCAUCACUGUGAUCCUGAUUCCCGAUUCCGCGGUCUUCGCGCUCAUGUCCCGUGUCAACAAGGUUAUUCUGGGCACACACUCUGUGCUUGCCAACGGUGGUCUGGUGGCUGCGGCCGGCACCCGGGUUAUUGCUCGCGCGGCCAAGGUGCACCAGACGCCGGUGGUGGUUGUGAGUGGUGUUUACAAGCUCAGCCCGGUCUACCCCUUCGACUUCGACUCGUUGAUCGAGUAUGGCGAUGUUAGCAAGGUGAUUGGUUACGAAGAUGGGGACUUGGUGGAUCAGAUCGACGUGCAGAACCCGCUGUACGACUAUGUCCCGGCGGAACUGGUUGACCUUUACAUCACUAACCUGGGAGGCCAUGCGCCGUCAUAUCUCUACCGUAUCGUUUCGGAUCAUUACCGCAAGGAGGAUAUCAUUGUCUGAUUGCUUUGAUGCAAGAUCAGCGAUGGAAAUGGACCCAUGUGAAACAGUAUAAUGGGAGUGCAGAUGACUGCAUCAUGACAUUCAAAAGUACGGUUAUAAAACGGCGUAAGGGCAUAGACAAUGGAACGCAACGAUACCCGGGAAUAUGUAUAGUCUAUCGGAUACCACCACGUAGCUGCUCCCUACCGAUCGGUCU